AUGUCGAAUCACAGAACAGGGAAAUUAGCGACUCGAUUGCAUAUGCGCAUAUUGCGUAUUAUCUACCGUGCCCCUCUAUCGCAAGGUUAUAUUGACCCUUUCAUCACCAAAGACCCCAAGAACGCUUACCACGCCAGGCCCAAUAUGCCACCACUAACCAAAUUCUGGCUCUGCACCCUCAAGGACCCAGAAUCCAUCAACGCCCCCGAAUUUCAGCACCUCAUUACCGAGCUCCUGGAAUUCUGCUCCUCAUGGACGAAUCCAGAGCCGGAUGCACCACCCAUGCACGCCUUCUACCAAGACACUGCCGAUCCAGCCCGUCUUGUAAUGAUGACGGGGUAUCAGUCCCAAGAACUGAAUACGGAAGCGGAUAAAGUCUACGCUGAGAGAUAUCUUCAUAAAAUGUUCGAGUUCGUGCAGCAUAAGAUGCUGCGACAAAUUGAUGUUGAUAUUAAUACGCUGCCGAUUGCGGAGCAUGUUUCUAUGGCCUAUGGGAAGAAGCCGGAGCAGUGGAGGGAGGAAGAUCAGGCUGGAGGAUGGGAUGUUUGGCCACAGACUAGGCAAGCUAAGACAAAUGACAAUGGAGCUCCGGGGGAGAGGAGAUUUGCUAUGGAUGAGGAUGAACGGUUUUGGGUCCAGGUUUCUAAGUGGAACGGGGGUGAUAGUGUGUUGGACUCUGUUCAGCCCGUUGAGGGGGAGAGAUUGUUUUUGAAGAAGAUUACCAGUCGAUGA